AACACUUCAAAUUCAAUUUGCGCCUUUAACAAACAAACUUCAAAAUGAAUACCGAAGCUUUGCGUGAGAAAUAUAAACACUAUCUAAAGCCUAUUCAAGCAGAUCACCCAUUGGUCGAAAGCUGCAACAAAGUGAACGAAAAUGCGCGUGCCGAGCAAUUUCUGCGCGGCUUGGAGCGUAAAAUGGGCAUAAGAGCAGCGGAUGAUAAAACGCCCGUUUUUAAGCAUUUCACGGCAGUUGUGCCACGAGAUUGUCCUUGUAAAAUGGUGGGCCAAGGUGCUCCAUGUCAACGCGAGCGCUCGAGCCACAAACCAAAGGAUGAGUCACCGAAGGCCAAAAAGCUAAAGUUCGAGGAAACUUCAGUCUAGCCGGCGGAUUAAGUGAGCAGCGCAUGAAUUGAUGCCAAAACGCCAAAGUGAAGAAGUUUAAUUUGUUGAGCUUUGAUAUUUAAAUCGGAAAAUAA